AGCGCCUGAGCUCACAGGCCACUGAAUGGCUCUGUAGAGUUAACGUAUUAAACACGGCUCGUUAUUUGUGACUGAAACUACAGGUUCUUUUCUGGGAAACUUACAAACUCCUAAACAGGUUUGCCAGUACACUUUUUGCCGCUGCUAAACUCUAUGGGGCUUUAUUGACGUCUAGGAAACUGCAUGGACUAAAAUGAAGAGCCUAAAAGCAAAGUUCAGGAAGAGUGAUGCCCACGAGUGGAGUAAGAAUGAUGACCGAUUGUUGCAGGCUGUGGAGCAUGGCGAAGUGGAUAAAGUGACCUCACUCCUGGCCAAAAAGGGAGCCAAUGCAGUCAAACUGGACAGCGAAGGCAAAUCAGCGCUUCACUUGGCUGCAGCAAAAGGGCAAGCCGAGUGCCUGGGAGUGAUUCUUUCACAUGGAGUCGAUGUGACAGUACUGGAUGCAUCAGGUUGUAGUGCUUUACACCUUGCUGCGAAAAACAACCACCAGGAAUGUGCCAAAAAGCUUAUUCAGAGCAAAUGCACAGUGGAAGGCAGCGACAGCUCAGGAAAAACAGCAUUACACUAUGCAGCAGCAUGUAACAGUGCUCCAAUUGUUGAGCUGCUGUGUGAGCAAAACUGUCUUGUGAAUAUCAAAGAUGCGGAAGGAUGCACCCCACUUCUCCUUUGCACCCAGAAUACCCACGAGGAGGUGUGUAGAUACCUGAUAGACCAUGGAGCAGACAUCAACGCAUGUGACAAAAAUGGAAGAACUGCCGUAAUGAUGGCCUGUGAGACCAGCAGUUUGAAGAUAGCAGAGAUCCUGAUUCAGAAGGGGGCUGACCUAAGGCUGGUGGAUACUUUGGGCCAUGAUGCGCUUCACUACUCAAAGUUAUCCGGAAAUACGGAGAUCAAAAACCUCCUUCAGGCGGCGCUUGGCAAAUUCUCACCAGAAUCUGAUAAGAAGACACCAAAACUAAAUGAGCAUGACCAAGUAUCUAGGUUAAAUGCAGAAAGAAGCACAACUCCUAAAAAAAGAAAAGCUCCACCUCCACCUAUUAGCUCUCCACAGAGUUGUCAGUCAUGUGAUUAUUCUUCUCCGCCUUUUAUGACACCAACCCAAACUCCAACUGGGGCAGAUCUGUCAUUCACAGAAUUUCAUAUUAAGGAGGAGGAGCAGAAAAUAAUUGUACUUAAAGAACAAAUUGGAGAGUUGCAUAAAGAGAAGGUUCUGCUGUUAGAGACCAUACAAGAUUUAAACAUGAUUCUUCUUAACCAACAGCAGGCUGAGCAGAGUGGACCUGAAGAGCAAAAUGUAAUUGCUACAUUGCAAGCACAAAUCGCUUUUCUUUCUUUGGAAAAUAAGAAGUUGAUAAAUAAAUUAAAGAGAACACAGGCCUGCCACAGUGAUGAGGAAAACAAUGAUUCUUCUUGCCACAGCAGCUUUGACUCCAAUGCUUCUUAUCAUUCCACGAAGGCUGAUUUUCAACAAUCCUUGGAAGUACAUGAAGCCUCUGAGACGGAAGCUAAAGGAAACUCAACAAAGUCUUCCUUGAAGAAUGACAGCGCCUCAGUAAAACGAGACAACAAUGAGAAGGUGGUGAUUGGAAGUGAAGAAGAGAUUAAGCAGUUACAAGUGGCCUUUCAAAACAUCCAGAUACAACUGCAGCAGUCAGAGGUAGAGAAACAAAACCUGCAAGCCAGGCUUCUAUCCAUGACUUCAGAAAAUGUGCAACAGUGUUCUCAGGAGGUGUCUGAAAAUGGUUAUGACCUUGGGCAGAAGCUUAAAGAGACCCAGAGCAAAUACGAAGAAGCUACAGAGAAAGUGCCGUCACUUCGGGCCCAAAUGAAGCUGGAAUCAAUAACUUCAGAAGAAAAAGAUUCAAAAUCCAAUGUUAAAGAGCUGAAAUGUUUAUACGAAGAACAGAUAAAUGAACUAAAAGAUGAACUUUCGAAGUCUUUGGAAGACCAGAAGAGAGACAAGAACAUGAUUAAAGAGCUUGAAAAAAAGCUAGACUCACUUGAUACCAGGGUGUCUGUAGAAGAAUGUGAAGAUGUGAAGAAUUCUUGCAGCAUGCUUGUAGAGAAUAUUAACAAAGAGAAGGCCCUGCUAGUAGACAGAUAUAGAGAGGCACAAGAAGAAAUUAAAUUGUUGCAAGAAGCCGUGAAAGGAACAGUGCCUGUAGAAGCUGCUGCAACAGACUUUGAAGAGAUGAAGGCAGAAAUGAACAAAACAAUAGAUGAGCUUCAAAAACAUUUGUUAGAGCUGUCGCAUUCAUAUAGUGAUGCAAAAAACGAGCUGAGCAUAGUUAGAAACAAACUGUCGACGUAUGAGAAAGAAACAGUAUCAAGUGAACAGAGAGAUGAAGAUUAUGUCACUAUAGAGUACCAUGAAAGAAUUGUCCUUGACUUUGCUCAUAAUAUAGAAGAAAUGAAAGAAAAACUUUUAGAAACUGAGACAAGGUGUCAUGAAGCAAUAAAGCAAGUAGCUUUACUCCAGGCAGAAGCCGACGUUCAGAAGCAAAACUCUAUUUUAGUUUGUGAUCACGUACAAGUGGUAUCUGCUCUGGGGAAUGCUGUCAAGGACUUGGAAAUCCAAGUGGUGGAACUGAAAGAAGAGCUUAGUCAAAAGGAACUGGAGGUUAACAUGUUACAAGAAAGCUUGUCUGCAGAAAAAGCCAGCAUUCAUGAAGAUACCAUAACCAGAGCUGCACAUGAACAGCUCAAGGUGUCCUUCGAGAAUGAAGUCAACUUGCUUACCGCUGAACUAAAAGAAGCCAUGAAAAAUCAAGAUGAGAUGUCCCAGGACAUUGUCAAAGCAAGGCAGGAAGUGUUGCAAGUCAAAAAUGAAAAAGAAAUGGUUGAGAGUCUAGUAGCAUUGAAAGAUAAAGAAAAUAACAAGCUUAAAAAAAGAUCCCAGGAAUCUGAAGACCUUAUCAGUGACCUAAAAAAACAAGUUGGAAACUUCUCAAAAGUUGAAGAAGAUAAGGACAGAAAGAUUGAGGAUUUGACCAAAGAAGUGAGCAAGCUGAAAGUUGCACUUAACAGCCUUUCUCAGCUGUCCUACACUACAGGCCCACCAAAGAGACAGAACCAGCAGGUCGAUACCCUUCAGCAACAGGUCAAACAAUUACAGUUGCAACUUUCUGAGAUGAAAAAGCAGCACCAGGAGAUAGUGUCUGUUUAUAGGAUGCACCUUCUUUAUGCAGUUCAGGGACAGAUGGAUGAAGAUGUUCAAAAUGCACUCAAACAGAUAUUAAUGAUGUGCAAGAUGUCAGCACAAGCAAAGUGAACAACAUCGCACUGCAAGGGUACCGAAAAAGAAAUUUAAAGAACAGACUUUCAUACUUUCAUUUCAUUAACUGUGGCAAUGUUUGUUUUUUUUUGUUUGUGUUUGGGGGUCAUCAUUGCCCUGUCAUAUUAAA